GAGUAUGGGGGGGUCAACUUUAUUGAUACCUACUUCCGCGCUGGACUGUACAAGUUUGAGAAAUUCCCGGCUGUACUAGGGAAAGAGACCGCUGGGAUCAUCGUGACGCUUCCAACCGACGAGAAGGCUUCGUCGUUGGCGGAAAGGUCGCUAGCGUGGGUACUUUCAUAUUCUUUCCGUGGAAAGAUGAGUGACGUUCGCUUGCUAGGCUUAUACGUCGUUAGCCCUGUGCCCGAAUCGGUUUCGACGCGCACUGCAGCAGCAGCGUUGCUUCAAGGGUUAACGGCCGUCAGUUUCGUCGAGGAAGCGUACCCCGUCAAGAAGGGUGAUACCAUACUCAUUCAUACCGCCGCAGGGGGGUUGGGUCUCUUGCUAACCCAGCUGGCGAAGAACGUUGGAGCUACCGUCAUUGGGACGACUUCGACAGCGGCAAAGGCGGAGCUUGCCAAAGCGAAUGGAGCUGAUCAUGUUAUUCUCUACCCUGUAGAAGACACGGUGAAGAGGGUGCUGGAACUCACAAAUGGAGUGGGUGUAGACGCUGUCUUUGAUGGCGUUGGAAAGGACACGUUUGAUAACAACUUCAAGCUCAUCAAGCGGAAAGGGACUAUAGUGUCAGUUGGUAAUGCUUCUGGUGCUGUGGAACCCUUUUCGGUGUUGAGGUUGGCAGAGAAGAACUUGAGACUUCUACGACCAUCACUGUCCAACUAUGUGUACACACCUGAGGAGAGUGCGUACUAUAGCCAUAAGCUGUUUGAACUGGUAGCGAAGGGAGCGCUGAAGAUUGCGGUGUUUGAGGAAUACCCGUUCACUGCGGAGGGCGUGCAAAAGGCACAGCGAGAUUUGACUGGAGGAAAGACGACAGGCAAGCUAGUCGUAAAGAUUGCACAAUAG